AUUACACCAUCUCUGCCAAUGGCCUAUAUAACAGUUGUCCAGGAAAGGUGAGACCAUCAGAGAGGAACCCGGCUCAGCUUUGACCACAUCUGUCUACCCAGGGAAACAGCAACACAAGGUCAACCAGAAGAUGGGACUCUUCACCUACUUCAGCCUUUGCCUCCUGGGCAUCCUGGUCGCAAAUCCUUUCCUGGGAGCUGAGGCCGACACCUGCGCCAGGGAGUGGCUGCAAAACCAGGGCAACUGCUAUGCAUACUUUGAUACCAAACUGACAUGGCAGGAGGCAGAGAUUGAGUGCCAGAGCUAUGGCCGUGGGGCCCAUCUUGCCUCUGUCCUCACCAAAGCAGAGACACUCCUGGUGGCCGAGCACAUCUCCACUUACCAGCAAGGCAUAAGCGACGUCUGGAUUGGCCUCCACGAUGUCCGUCAGACCAGGAAAUGGAGGUGGGCUGACGAAUCCACCUACAACUACAAAGCCUGGAUGAACCACCAGCCAGACAACUACCGCAACGCUGAAUACUGUGUGGAGCUGAGAAAAACCACAGACUUUAAACAGUGGAAUGACGCCGCCUGCAGGAAACUCAACGCCUACAUCUGCAAGCAUGAACUGUAGGGAAGACUGUAUCGCCGGACUCUGCCUGCCGGGAUGGAACUGGAUCCGGCCACAAGAGACUGGCUGACUUGGUGGAUGUGUCUCUCUGAUGCCAUUACUCUCCGUCCUUCCACAAAGCCAAAGACCAGCUCCUCUUGUUCAUCCUGUUUUCAAUGCCAUCUCUGAGGAGCUGAUUCUGUCCUCUGCCUCUUUCCCUUCGCCCUUUUCGUGUAUGUGAGUGUAUCUCUGCAGGCACAGUGUGAUGUUAAUAAACCCUUUCUUGCGCAUCUCU